GAAAGCCACACAGCCAUCAAACCAACUUGAGCUACGUUCUACCCACACUCGUCCUUUCUCUUCAUGCACAUAUUCUCGUCUCAUUUCACUCCGCCAAGCCAAAGGACUCAUUGUAACACAGCUGUUCAGUGCGUCAUCAGUUCGAAAAGUUCGAGGCCCGUUUCGUGGACCCAACAUUCGGAGGAGGUCGUUCUUGCAAUAAGUAAAUGCAAAAGUUUCCAGUCAUUUCUAAAGUCGUACGUUUACCCAACCAUACAACAACAAAGCCAUUACAAAAGUACGUAUGCGAGGUCGUACAUAGUUGUGAAUAUUACUAUUUCAUUCCAUGGAAAAAGAGUUUCAUCCCAUCUUUUUCAAUGCAUUAGUUUCCCACAAAGAUUAGUGUCUCUUUAUUGUGCACCUUCAGAAAAGAAGCUGUGUCAUGCUAGCAGCCAAAAACAUCUAAUAAUUUGGGUUAUCUUAUGUAAUAAUAAGCAGGGACACAAGUACGAAACAGGAGAACAAAGGGAGGAUGUUUUAUUAGACGGAAGAAAUUUUCUGAUGAGAUUUGUCGUUUUUAAUCUAUCUAUUGACAAUUUUAGCUCAUAUUCAGUGAUUCUUUUUUUCCAAUAAACAAUAGACCUCACCCAACGUUUAAUCUUUCGAGUCUGAUCUGCCCUCAAAGCAACAAAGUAUAUAAUCCAAACCAUAAUUUCGACCUUAAUUUAUUAUUUAUUGCUGAGUUUGGCUAAAAAGAAAAUUCGCAAGUUUCCACUCGACUAACGGUGUCCACAGACUGUUAUUUCCAAAAAGUUUUGAUUAAGCCAACGCAAGGUGUUCGUGCGUCCUGUGCAAACCAAAGCAAGCGAAUAGUCUUCUGGUUUUAACAACUUUUCUCCUACACUCUACCUGCCUGGUCCCAACCUCAAUCGUCCAAGAAUUAUUGCGUUGCUGUCCUAUUCUGAGCAAGACUUGACUAAGGAAACUCGGAAAUCAGAAGAAACCUGGCAAGUAGCAGGAAGGAGUAGCUCAAGGAUAACCACGCACUCAUAACCUGAUUGUCAAGUACUUUCACGACCACUUGACCUUCAACUAAGAAGAUGAGGAAAAAAGAGUAUCGUCGUUGGGACUACAAUGACGAGACGGAAAUGAGCAUGGAGGAGCAGUUGACGCUUGAAGAUCAUCAAUUCGACUAUGACCAUGGAAGCGAUACGCCCACGACGACUUCGACGACGACAACUUUCUCGCAGCCAAAUGUCACCCUCAUGGGAACUCAUACUCAGCGGAAAAAGGGACAUCGGAGAGUUAGGAUCAAAGAGAAAGUUCAGCUCUUCUGCUUGUCCAUGAUCAUAUUGCUUGCUGGAUUCAUCGCCGGUUUUUACAUUGGCGUGCGAGACAUUAAUAACAACCGGGACAACUUUAAUUCAUCCGCCGCAAGUGAAAAAAACUACCCGUCACAAAAUUUCGCUUAUGAGGAAAUCACGGACAGCUCUGCAGGUUCUCAGCAGAAUGUUUUUCUUUCUACAUCUUCCCAAGAAAUAAGCGACACGCCUUCUUCCAUCGUUCCCCUUCCACCAAGUGACAUAAAUGCGGAUAACAUUCGUGACAUUUUAAAGAGAAUGAGCCAGAAGGUGAACGGUGCGAGAACAUCGGAGGGGAAAUCAAUGGCUAUGGGGAUAAGGGACUUGUGGCGAAGUUACGGCUUGUCUGUCAGAGUCGAACAGCACAAGACACUGCUUACCAAGGCAACUGAAUUUAGUUACGCGGAAGUCCUGGGAAAAAAUGGGUCAGCGGUCUUUAGGACAUCGGAAUUUGACGACCAUCUCAAUCCCCGUCCAAUGAUGGCCUUCUCUCCUCCUGCGGAUCUUCAUGGAACGCUUAUUUACGCCCACUAUGGCCGAGUCCAAGACCUGGACUUUCUCAACGCGUCUAGGGUCCGUCUAGAUCGAUCCGUUGCACUAAUACGCUUUGGUGGGCCCCAUCCAUCAAAAGUUGCCGAGAUAGCAGCAAUGUACGGAAUAGGAGCCAUUCUGUUCUACCCAGAUCCACAGGAUUAUGGACCACAACUUCCUUUAAAUUCUGUUCGUUUCUCUUCCCUCUUAACGCUUGGAGAAAUCCAUGAGUAUCAAAAGCACAAAAGCAAGUUCAUCAUUCCGGCGCACACAAUAAGCCCUGGUGAUGCUCAGGAACUUCUCAGAUACAUCAGGCAAGGAAAUUGGAUGAAAAGAGCUCCACCGAACUGGCAAGGUGGAUUAAAGACGCCGUAUUUUCUUGGACCUACAACUACUGUCCAAACAUCGUCAAAAUUCGGUCAAACAACGUCCGCUGUUCAAGUUCGUCUUCGGAUAUUCAACGAGCCUCAAAUACGAGAAAUCUAUAACGUGGUAGCCGCGAUACCCGGCGCCUGGGAGUCUGACAGAUACAUCGUCGUCGGUUGUUCGCAUGACGCUUGGAAUAGCGGAGCUGGGGACCCAGGAAUCGGUAUUGCGCUGAUAUCCGAGAUGGCGAGAAGUUUCUCCAAUGCAGUGCAGAAAGGAUGGAAGCCAAGAAGAUCUAUUUUAUUCAUUUCCUUUGAUGCAAAUUUGUUUGCCUCUUCAGGUGUUUCGCAUUGGUUGCAGGAGCAUCACUUUGAGAUUUCGUCAAGAACCAUUGCUUACAUUGACUUAUCUCGAGUCCUGCGUGGCAAUGAGACGCUUCAUGUACAUUCGUCGCCGAUUUUAAAUUCCGUUGCCCGUAAAGCAAUUGCACGAGUAGUCACACACGCUGACUCGUCGUCGGUGAGCCAACCUAAUCCAUCAGAAGAAGAGAAAGAAGUCGAGGGGGGAUGGAGAAAUGGGAGUGCUGCAAUUUACUUCUCCUCGCUCGUCACCUCUGAUGAGCCUUCUUUCGCCUUUUUGAAUCUCGGGAUACCAUUCUUUAGAAUUUCUGUUUCCAACAGCCCCAAGGGUUACGAUUAUCCGUUGUUCCAUACGUCAUUUGACACCGCUGAAAACUUUGCUAAUUCUGUGGACCCAGAAUUGAAAGGAGCUAAAACUUUGGGGAAAAUAAUCUUGGAGACAAUUGUUCUACUUGCGGAUUCGAUCGUAUUACCCAUCAACGUAGAAGAUUAUGUGAUGGAAAUUCAGAAAGCAUUUGGAAACUUUAUACAACAAUACCAGCAAGAAUUACACCGAGGAAACUUAUCGAUUGCGUAUCUACAAGCAGCAGUUAUGAGACUGGAAGUGAUAGGAGACAAUUUUCAAACAGAGAUGCAUAAUCGCACUGUAAUAAAUCCUGAAUAUGACACGCUACCAGCGCCCUCGCCCUCUCCAAAGACCAUAAAAUCAAAAAAAGCUCUACUGCAUAGGAUUAUCAACGAUAAACUGAUGGAGAUUGACCGGGCAUUUUUAUCGAGGAGUUCGGAUGUUUAUAAGCACCUAGUGUUGGGAUUCACUUCUAAUAUGGAUGAGAUCAGGAUUAAUGGGACUGCCGAUAAUAUGUCCACGUCACUGGACCACUUCUUUCCUAAGCUUCGAGAAUCACUCGAGUGCGGAAGGAGGGUCCAUGAGUUGGCCGAAGAACAAGAGCCAGGAAUUAAGGAAAUAAAGACCAUUAGCUUAAGCAGAAGCGGAAGCAAGAUAAAUUCUUUUGCCAAGCAUAGAAGUAGGCGGAUUCGUUCCAGAGAAAAGAAGUUUCGAACCCGAGAUCUUGACGGAAUUGGCACUUUCGCUCUUGAUACUUCCAUCUGUCACGAUUGGCAUAUUGUGGCGUCACAAAGAAUCGCAAGCCUAACCAGAGCCCUUGACGCUGCCUCCGCCAUUCUCCAAAGCCCUCUGUUGCCGGAAGAAAGUGAGUGAGGAAGCCCAUUGUCGACACAAUCAGCAAUCAAUUGUCUACGAGGACAGCAGAUACUCACCAUUGAUGUAUUGCAUUUCUUGGUUGAGCAACGUUCAACUUGGCGAAAAUGUGAUUUUUAUUAUAUGUGAUCAACUAAUAAGUAACACAAAAAUGUGAAUUAAAUUGAAAAUUGGGUAAUGUCUCUCAUGUAUGAUUCACAAUAAAUAAAUACAUUCUCUUAUGAUAAAGAUAUCUCAUAACUUACAGUUUGAUAAAAUAUUCAGUCUUCAACGUAUGUAUGUACAUAUUUAGGUACGAUUAGCGAAUGUUACAUACUAUUUUUUAAAGCUCCCGAAAAAGGAUACAUAUAUGCAUUAUUGUACUCGUUACUAUAAAUGUAUAAAUUUGUUAGGUUAUAACGAAAGAAAUCAAGGAACACUCACUUGUACGGAGAAAUCUUAAUAGCUACAUGAAAAUCUUGAUGUGUGUACAUAUGUAAUUUACAUAAUGUAAAGCAUUUAAUAAUUUCUCUGUAUGGGAAAGGAGCUAAGUAAUGGCUAUUUUUGUAAACCAAUUUACCUACUUCAAAAUAAUCUACAAUUAUAAAAGUACAAUUAUUCUAAUAAAAUAUUUUUACCCCGCGAGA